GCCGAGCGCAGCUCCUCACCGGCAGCAUCUCGAUCCCCGGCCCGGUAAUCAUGUCCGGUAAUGGAACCGAGGAAACGCCUGACAAAGGCACGGAGAUGGAGCAAAAACACUUGGAAAGCAGUACUAUGAAGACUGACUUGGAGGCCGGGAGUUGCAGCGCUGCAAUCCACUGUCGUGAUGUGUGUCGUUCAUAUGGGAAACUUAAAGUCCUCAACAAUCUCAAUCUGACAGUGCCUCAGGGCCAAAUUUAUGGGCUGCUGGGGCCAAGUGGCUGUGGGAAGACUACGUUGCUGAAAUGCAUUGUGGGAACUCUAAAGAUAUCACAUGGUCAUAUCACAGUGCUGGGGAAACCACCCGCUUUCCCAGGACAUGAAGUGCCAGGAAGGAUGGUGGGAUACAUGCCACAGGACAUAGCUCUGUACAAUGAGUUCACUAUCAGCAACACACUAUGGUUUUACGGUCGAAUUCAUGGCCUUUUGUCUAAAGAAACAGAAACCAGGAUGAAUUUCCUCAUUGAUUUCCUAGGCCUGCCACAGAAAAACAGCCUUGUGAGAAAUCUCAGUGGAGGCCAGCGGCGGCGUGUCUCACUUGGAGCUGCUCUGCUUCAGAACCCACAACUUUUGAUCCUGGAUGAGCCCACUGUGGGAGUGGACCCUGUUUUGCGGGCCAAGAUAUGGCAGCACCUGGUAGACAUUGUAAGAGGAGGACAGGUUUCCGUCAUUAUUACAACGCAUUACAUUGAGGAAGCUAGACAAGCCAAUACGGUGGGUUUGAUGAGGAAUGGUCGAUUGUUAGCUGAAGGUCCCCCAGAUGCUGUUAUGAAGCAGCAUAAUGCAGCAACAUUAGAGAGUGCGUUCUUGCAACUUUGUGAGGACUUUGAUCAGAUGGGCUCCAAACAGAGUCCUCAGGGCCGUCUAAUCGACAGCAGCCCAUCUCCAGACAGUAUGAGAGAUGAGAGCAGAGAGCCCAUACUGAGAAAGAGCACACCAGAAGACAUACCCAAAUAUAAAGCUGACUGGAAAGUGCGAGCAAGACACGUCAUACCAAAAUGGCGUAACAUUGCAGCGCUGAUGAUCAAGACGAUGGUUCGAAUGAGGAGAAUGCCAGGGUCCCUUUGUUUCCAGUUCCUGUUGCCUGUAAUUCAGAUCUGUCUGAUGUGCUUGUGUAUUGGUGGAGACCCUAAAGGCAUUGAUGUGGCUGUGGUCAAUAAUGAAAGCAGUCCCAGUGCCUAUAGUAGAUCACUGCUGUCCUUCCUUGACAACACGAGUGUCUACCAGGUGAGCUUGUCUCAUUCUGAAGCUUUUGCUGGUAUCCGAAAUGGGGAAUACUGGGGCGUCAUAGAGUUUGGGGAGAAUUUCACCAGCUAUCUAACCAAAAGGAUGCUGCAGCCCAGAGUCUCCAGAGAUGUGGUUGAGGGAGGAUCAGUACAUGUUUGGCUGGAUCUGACCAACCGACAGAUUGCCCUAAUGCUGCAGAAAAAACUCCAUGAGGCCUUUGAGGCUUUUAUCGAGACAAAGCUGGGGAGUUUGUCAUACAUGGUGGCCGUCCCUGUAAAGUUUGAAGAACCUAUAUAUGGCAAAAAGAACACAGAUUUCACAACUUUUGUGACGCCAGGAGCAGUUUUGAGCAUCACAUUUUACCUGGCAGUGGGGUUGACCGCUCUGUCCUUUGUGUUAGAGAGAAAGGAGGGGCUGCUGGACAGGUGCUGGGUGGCAGGUGUGAGUUCUCUGGAGACCACGCUGGCACACCUCUUCUCACAGCUGUUUGUCACCAGUGUUCAAAUCAUCCUUCUGCUGAUCUUCAUCCUGCUGAUCUUCAAAAUUCCUAAUGAAGGAUCUCUGGCUUUGGUUAUCUCAUUGAUUGUGCUGCAGGGAGUGACAGGAAUCUCCUUCGGGCUGGUCAUCUCCUCUGCUAUCAAUGACGAGCAGUCGGCCAAUCAGGCAGCUCUUGGAAUCUUCUACCCCAACCUCAUCAUUAGCGGUGUUAUCUGGCCAGUUGAGUGUAUCCCAUAUCCUCUGCGUUAUUUGAGUCUAGUACUGCCCCAGACCUAUGCAUCUGAAGCCCUGCGCUGCAUCAUGUACAGAGGUUGGGGUCUGUCCCGUAUGAUGGUUUGGCGAAGUUUUGUGGUCACUCUGGGCUGGAACACAUUCUUCCUUAUGCUGGCAACGGUCAUUCUCAAGCUGAGAACGUGAGAGGCUCUGCCAAGGAAAGGUGCUUCAGAUUGGGUAUAGUGGUGUUUGACGAGGCCAAAGAUUGAUCUACAUAUGGAUCUGCCAAUCUGAGCCUCUCUCUCCUUUAAUAUGCCAUUGACACAAAACUGGCCUCCCAAGGAGCAUCAGCAUGAAACUCAGGGCAUCCCUCAACCAGCUCAGAGACCUAUUCAACAAACAGUUUGCUGACAAUGUGAUGCAUAACACUCAUCAUGAGUUUCCCAUGGGCUUCAAUUAUAUUAAAAAGUCCAUCAAAGAAGAAGAAAGGAAGUGUUGAAGCCAACUGUUGAACUUUCCAUACCCUCUUUCCCCCACUUGUAUAUAUAAUGAAUCCUGAAUUCAGAUUCACUGAUUAGGUUUCUUAGUGUAUGUUCCAUAUGCCUUGUCUGUGCCAGUAAACCUUACAUUGGGUACAACCAGACAUCUAAAUUGCUUUAAGGAAUCUUACAGUGUUCCCACCCUUGAAUUCACUCAUCCUGAACAAAAAGAACACUGCUUACCAAUUCAUUCCAAUUCAUCAUUGGGCACGGUUCACCCUUUGCAUAGUAGUGUUUUGUUUUCCGAAUUGCUGCUUGUCCUUUUUUUUUUUUUCUUUUCUUUUUUUUUUGAUUAGCAGUCUGGGUGUUAAUAAUCCAUCAAGUGCCAUAAAGAAAAUGAAGGAAGAACUGCAAUGUUUACAUUGAGCACAUAGCAGGCCAAAGUCAAACCUGCGUGUUGAACUGAAGUUUAGUCCUGUAUUUUAAUAUAUAUUAUAUUUAAAAGGCAGCACAAACUGCAUUGCAAUGCAAGCCAUAUGCUCCAGUUACUUGGAAUGGUGAAAAUAUUUUGAUGGAUAUUUUAGCGUGCAAUAUUUGAUGAGCGAAAUGCAUAUAGACUAUUUUAAAUAGAUACCUAAUGCUUAUUGGUUUGGGGCAUAAAUCUUAGGUGUGUUUCACUGUCCUUCUUAAAUGCCAACAAAUUUCUUAUGCUUUCAAAUUUUCUUCUCUUUGAAUCUUGAAGUUCAACAUUAGGAUGCUUGAUUUCUACCUUUACCUUCUCCGACCAGCUCCAGGUUCUGGUUUGGUUUAAAUUCUCUGAAGUCUCAACUGAACAAAUCUAGACCCUGCUUAACUCAAACGAAAGACUUUGCAAGUUACUGUUAGUUUGUUUAAAAUUUAAUUUGGUUCACAUUAUAUCAGAUAUCUGUACUUUGAAAAGUUUGAAAAGUUCACAAACUAAACACUAUUGUUUUAAGUAAAUGGAAAAUUUAACCGUAAAAUGCUGCUGUUUAAAAGUUCUGCAAAUAUUUAAGAAUUAUGACGGCCUUUUCUUUGUAGUUAUAAUGACGCCCACACUAAAGGCUGGAAUUUCAUGGUAUGUUUUGAUAGAACAUAGGCUGACAGUUGAUUUUAGGACUAGAGUUUUGUUGGUUCUAAAUUUUCUGUGUCUGGCUCCGGUUGAGGCUUAGAGACAAAUGUUUGGCAAAGGUUUGUUAAGCACUGUGCCAUUUUGAAAGGUCAUCGUGUCACCUUUAUACACACACAAGACAAUUUGCUACCUCUUAUUGUUGCAUGUAAAGUCCCAUAUAUAUGUGCACAUUG